AGAGGAGAGGAGAGGAGAGGGAGGGAGGAAGCUCCCGCCACAAGCAGGCGGAGUCGGAAACGCGGAAAGCUCGAAGCUGAGAUCCGGAGGUGCUGCGCGCUGCGCUCGUGUAGGCUCUCAGCGGCGCUGCCGUGAUCCAUUGGCCUUUUCAAGCUUGGAGCAUCAUCGUCUCUUGGUUGAAUCGUUUCCCAAAUUCAAGCACGAUCGAACCAUUAGGGGGAGAACGUGUAGUGUGAUAUUCCCUCCCUCUAUCCCUCCUUCCUUCCCCAGCGCCAGGUUCUCCAGGCCCCACGUUCAUCUCUCGCAGAAAUCGGUCUCUCCAGGAAUCGUUGUGCGCUGAAAAUGGACGGUUUCGCCGGCAGUUUAGAUGACAGCAUCUCGGCGGCGAGCGUGUCAGACAUGCAAGACCGGCUGUCAUCUCUGGAACUGCGUGUGCAGCAGCAGGAGGAUGAGCUCACCGUGAUGAAGGCCGCACUGGCCGACGUGCUCCGACGGCUUGCCCAGUCCGAAGACAUGGCAGCCAAGAAGCAGCAAAAUACCAAAGGUCAGACACCGUUGCGUGAGGCUUUCUCCAUGUCCUGUAUCACUAACGGUGGCUCCAGUGGCCGCAAGUCUCACAGAGACAGCUCCACGGUGUCCGUAGCCAGGAAAGAAACGCUCUCGUCUGCAGCCAAAAGCGGUGCCGAGAAGAAAAAAGACAAGCCUAUGCUAGAGGAGAUCAAGGAGAAGGAAGAGCCACCACAAGCUAACGAUAAACCCCAUUCAACACCCAGCACACCACAGGCACCGUCCCCUUCCAGCCAACCCCCUUCCCCUCAUCCCCUCCAGCCCCAGAGGGCCACCCAUGAGAGCAAAGUGUCUACCCCAGGCAAAAGGGGCCACAGCGCAAAGCGUAGUGGAGGAAUGGAGCGGUCUCAAAGCACCACAUGGGAGAGCGGAGAGGAGAACAGGAACAAGCUGGUCAAAGCUGCGUCCACUUCCAAACUGCUGGCCAAAGUAGUGAAGAAUGCAGAGAAACACAGAGAUCCAGUUAUCAGCCAAGCUAAAAUGUCGACUCGUGAGAAAAACAGUCAAGAGGGCGACUAUAUCAAAAUGUUCAUGCGAGGACGGCCAAUCACCAUGUUCAUCCCGUCAGAUAUCGAGAACUACGAUGAUGUGCGAACCGAGCUUCCCCCGGAGAGACUCAAACUGGAGUGGGUAUAUGGCUACAGGGGCCGUGACUGCAGGGCAAACGUUUACUUGUUGCCCACAGGGGAGAUUGUCUACUUCAUUGCCUCAGUGGUUGUGCUUUUCAACUAUGAAGAGCGGACACAGCGUCACUACUUAGGGCACACUGACUGUGUGAAAUGCCUUGCUAUUCACCCGGAUAAAAUCCGCAUUGCCACAGGACAGAUCGCAGGAGUGGACAAAGAUGGCAGGCCGCUACAACCUCAUGUGAGAGUUUGGGACUCAGUCACUCUGCAAACGCUGCAGAUCGUUGGCAUGGGUACCUUUGAAAGAGGAGUGGGGUCCCUUGCUUUUUCUAAAGCAGACUCCGGCAUCCACCUGAGUGUGGUGGACGACUCCAAUGAACACAUGCUGACAGUGUGGGACUGGCAGAAGAAGUCCAAAAUUGCUGAGAUUAAGACUACCAACGAGGUGGUCUUAGCAGUCGAGUUCCACCCGACUGACGCAAACACCAUCGUCACCUGCGGGAAGUCGCACAUCUUUUUCUGGACGUGGAGCGGCAACUCUCUGGCUCGCAAGCAGGGCAUCUUCGGGAAAUAUGAAAAGCCCAAGUUUGUACAGUGUCUGGCCUUCCUCAAUAAUGGAGACAUUAUGACCGGAGACUCAGGAGGCGUCCUGCUUAUUUGGACCCGCAGCACAGCAGAUCCUCCACCUGGAAAAGGACUUAAAGCAUUUCAGAUCAGCCGUCAAAUCAAAGCCCACGAUGGCAGUGUGUUUACUCUGUGCCAACUGAGGAAUGGCACGCUACUGACUGGAGGAGGUAAAGACCACAAGAUCAUCCUGUGGGACCAUGACCUGAACCCAGAGAGAGACAUCGAGGUUCCAGAUCAAUACGGAACCAUUCGAGCCGUGGCAGAGGGGAAGGGCGAGCAGUUCCUCGUGGGCACUUCACGCAACUUUAUCCUAAGGGGCACUUUUAAUGAUGGUUUUCAGGUCGAGGUGCAGGGUCACACAGAUGAGCUGUGGGGUCUGGCCUCUCAUCCGUUUAAAGACUUGUUCCUCACCUGUGCACAGGAUAGGCAGGUGUGUCUGUGGAACUCAGUGGACCAUUCACUGGAAUGGACCAGAUUGCUGGAAGAACACGGACACUGCGCAGACUUCCACCCUAGCGGUGCUGUGGUUGCCAUUGGCACUCAUUCAGGGAAGUGGUACGUUCUAGAUGCUGAGACUAGGGACCUGGUGGCCAUCCACACAGACGGCAAUGAACAACUGUCAGUGAUGCGCUACACCGUGGAUGGUACACUGCUGGCAGUGGGAUCACAUGAUAACUUCAUUUACCUCUACACAGUGUCGGAUAACGGACGCAAGUACAGCAGAUACGGGAAAUGCUCUGGACAUUCCAGCUACAUUACGCAUCUUGACUGGUCCCCCGACAACAAGUUCAUUAUGUCCAACUCAGGAGACUAUGAAAUCCUUUACUGGGACAUUCCAAAUGGCUGUAAGCUGAUUCGUAAUCGCUCCGAUUGUAAGGAUAUCGACUGGGCCACGUACACGUGCGUGCUGGGAUUCCACGUCUUCGGAGUGUGGCCAGAGGGAUCAGAUGGAACAGACAUCAACGCUCUGGUCAGAUCUCACAACAGGAAAGUCAUUGCUCUGGCUGAUGAUUUCUGCAAGGUGCACCUGUUCCAGUAUCCCUGUUCCAGACCUAAGGCCCCCAGUCAUAAGUACAGUGCUCACAGUAGUCACGUGACCAACGUUAGCUUCAUGCAUAACGACAGACACCUGGUGUCGACCGGCGGCAAGGACACCAGCAUUAUGCAGUGGCGCUGCCUGGGCAUGAGCGAUCCCCUGCACAACUCAAGCACAGGAGUCCAAGCCCCCGUGACUGCCGUACCAACCUCUCUGUCAAUCACCCGAAUGGAACCAGAUGCCAAUACACCACCCCCGACACCCACUGACACCCUGGAAGCCACCCCUAACGGACAGCAAGAAGGCAACGAAACUCCUCCUUCACAGGACGAGCCCACACCCACUUCCGAUAGCACUGUGAGCCAAAAGGACAGCCUGGAACCAAGUGACGACACGGCCACACCUAGCGAUGAGGGCGCACCCUUUACUCCACCCUCUUAAACAAAACAAAACAAAAUAAAUGGUGGCCGAGGGGGUAAUUAUCCCUCGUUUCCACUUGCGUGCUCCACCCAGAGGCACCAGGCUUGCCGUGAAUGGUCGUAGUGCAUGCACAAGGGGCUCCUUCGAUUUUCAUCUUUUCAGGUUCUUUCUUUUUCUUUCAACGUGUGUGUUUGUAUGUCGUUAGUUCGUGAGGACGAAAAAAGAGGGCAAAAAUGAAUGAAGUAUCGCUGUUGUUUUGCCCAGGAGGAAUUAUGCUUCGAGGAAUAGCUGUUGGAAACGGACACUAGCAUGCCUGGAUACGCUGAUACACACAAACACUACAGCAAAACAUGAGGAUUACACACACACACACACACACACACACACACACACACACACACAUUAUUAAGUGGAUGCACAUACUAAAAAAAGAUCAUUUAAUAUAUCAUUGGACAACCUUAACAUAAAAUCAAAUAUUAGCCAGUAUCAAUGCAAAAUAUAGCUGAAAAUCAAAUAUAGGCAAAUGUUAAGACUUUUAAACUAAUUAAUUACUCUCUUUUGUGAAUAAUGAGGAGUUUCAAAAGUUUUUUUUUUUGUGAAAUGCCUGCCAUAGCAUCUUAACCUGAGCCAAGAAUAUAAAAAAAUAAAUGCCAGGCAGUUCACACUGACUCAUUGAACAGACUUUUGCAGAGCUCAUUAGCUUCUUCUGCGCAAGUUAGCAUCAACUGUGGACAGAUUUGCAGCAUGGCAUGACGCUAAUAAUUAAUGUUAAGGAUCAGCUAGGCAUAUUAUUAGUGUACGUAUUAUCACAAACACACACUUAUAUAUCCACACACACACAUACACACACACAUACAGUUUAUUCUGGGGCUGCAGUUUGUUCAAAGCCAGUUUUCUCCUGGACAUUUGCUCCUGUGUCUCUGAAGCUCUGCCCAGCACAGCGCAUGCACACCAGAUCAGCAGGCUGUCUGAAUGUCUUCAGCAUGCAUUGCCAUUAAGACAUAGUUUUUUUUUUUUCAUCUAACCUCCUCGUAUUCAAACAGCCCUUUUUUUUUAGCCUGUAUUCUAAAUGCUGAUCUCUUUCCUGUCAAAUAGAUUCAUUUUCAGACUAUUUCCCUCUUUAUUUUGUUCAUUGGACUGAUUUGUUUUUUAUCUUGAAAGUAGAUAAAUGAGUCUUAAAUGUGUGUGAUUGUGUGUGUGUUUGAGAUCACGUGCAGAUGUAUGAGUUUUGUUUUAUUUUUCCACAUCUUUCAUUCCAAAAGGAGGUGUUUGUGCACCUUUCUUUCCUCCUUCCCAGGGAACUCAGGAUCACUCAUUUAGGUCACUAUUCUAAUCAGAAUGUGAUCGAGAGAUCUGUUCUUGUUCUCCUUUCUCAGAGUGUUUUUCACCACUUCAGCAAUGCAUUGCGACACCGAUACUCGGCUAACGGAGGAAAAAGACUGAACAAAGUUUUAUGCGUUUGAAACAUGAGCUGCACCACAGAAGAGCCAGUCAGCAGUAACACAGCGGCUUCACUCUCAAGUUUUUUUUUUUCCCCAGUUAGAUGGAGCUGUGAUAUUUAUGAUUUCUAAAGAAUGAUACACCAAAUACUACAGAAGGUGCCUCCAAAAUUUCAACAAUCAUCUUUCUAAAGCGAUCCUAAAUCUAGACCAGUUUUUAACAUGCACUUAAUUUCUCCCUUUUGUUAUUUAUUUAGGCUAUGCAAAAUGCUAUCAUCCUCACUUUUGCUUACUAUUAUAACUCACUCUUUUAUGUUCCUGCUCACUAUUAUAUUCUUCUGCUCACUAUUAUAACCACCUGCUCACUAUUAUAACUUUUUGCUCACUAUUAUAACCUCCUGCUGAUUUCUGUUCACUAUACUAACCUCCUGCUCACUCAUAUAACCUGCUCACUUCUGCUCACUAAUAUAGCCUCAGGCUCACUCAUAUAACCUCCUGAUCACAUUUAUCCUCCUGUUUAAGUUUAGAAACUCCUCCUAUUGCUUAUAACCUCUAGCUUCACUCAAUUAUCCUAGCCGCUCCAUUUUCCUGCUUAUUCAUGCUCACUCUUAUAACUUCCUGCUUACUGUUAAUACUGUAUACUGUUAACUGUAUACCAGUCUAUUCACUUCUAGUUCCUGUUAUAACGUCAUGACAUUACUGCCUCCUUAUAUUAUCGUAAUUUUCUGCUAUAAGAUCCUGUUCAAUUUAUAACCUCCUACAUGUUAGAGCUUAAAGUAAAAAAAAAAAAAAAAAAAAAAAAAAAAAAAAUCUGGUCCAUCUCAUCCCAUGUUGCACAGCUCAUUCUUUUACAUUUUAUAUAUGCACUCCAGUGAAAGAGAGAAGAUAAGUGUGUGUUGAUAAACAUUAUCAAAGCCUACACGUUUUAUUACAAAAAUCUAUAAAAAAAAAAAAAAAAAAAAAAAAAAAAAAAAAAAUCUAUAUAAAAACAAAAGGCAACCUGAUCUCUGAUGUGUUGCUGGCGACAUCUUCUGUACACUUGCAGCAUUGCGAUGUGUUGAAAGGGAUAGAUGAAAGGUGUAGUAUAGAAAAAGCUAGUGUAUAAAGGCAUGACGUCUAGUGGUAAUGCAUGAUUUCUCAUUAAACUGUAAGAAUAAUGAAGGCAUUAGGAAGCAUUGAUUAAAUACAUUAGGAGGGUUUUAUAAAGGUUUUGGGAUGUGAGUGAUUAACUUCUGCUGUGUUUUUAUGGGAAUCAUUUAUUUUUUACAUGAAAGGAUUCAGUAUAUCAAGCUGUGUGUUAUUUGAUACUGGUCUAGUUGUAGGUGAUGUGCACGUUUAAGAAAGCCAUUUUCCGGCAUUAGACGUUUAAUAGAUGGAAUGUAAAGGUGAUUAUAUGCCUACUGAGUCAUGCAGUGUGGUGUAUCGCUGCAGCAGCGCUGUUACUACAGCCUCUCAUCUCCAGCUGGUCUGCAGUUUUUUUUCUAACCCUUUGGAUUCUAAGGCCUUUUUGGAUUGAUAGCAUAAUUUUUUUUCAGUGAUCGUUUUGGUGUUUUUGGAGAAUGUUUGAUGUCUGUAGACGGAUCUAAACCUGCUUUUGCUGUAAUACUUAGCUUUAGUGCAAAAUGGCACUGUUUCUUUGCUCAGGGUCAGACCUGGUCACCUUCCUCUCCUACUUUUGCCUCUGUGUUGAUCAGCUCCUUAAAAAAAUACAAAUUAAAAAAAAAAAAAAGAAAGAAUAAAGACAGCAAAUUUUCACACACACAACAUGCCCUUGGUCUUUGUGACCAGUUGAUUCAGGCUAGUUUCAGGGAUUUCACAGGCUGCCAUUUCCAGACACCAUUUGUACAUUCACAUGUGGAUACUAUGUGUAUAUAAUAGUUCCUCUGUAUGUAUAUAACUCUGUGGGAAUGCGUCCUGUACAAUAACUUGUACAUGUUCAUCGAAGCCUUUUUGAAUGUUUUGUAAUCACCCAUGCUGCAAAACCGCAACGAAAACCCAGACAUCAGGGCAAGAGCUUGAAUCUGCAGUUAGAAAGCAGUAUGUCAAGUGGAUGUGCUUUUUGGACAUUUGGAAAUUCUUUGGCUACAUUUUGCCUCUAGGACCCUUACUUAUAAAACUCACUUUUCGUCUUUUACAUCCAAUGAAGGUGACAUUCAGAAGACUGUUGCCUGAUAUUGGUGUGUAAAUAAGGGGCUUCUUUAGGAAUGUUUUUUGAAUGCCACGAGUGGCCUUGCUAUGUGAUUUCUUUGGGAGAGUGUGGAAUAUGGUAUGGUUAAUAAAUAGUUUUUUGUGUAUAUUGUUUGAUAACAGUGGGUAGGAUAUCCAGAAGUACUUUUUAUAUCGUUGAAAUGGAACUGUGGAUACAUUUUUCAUGUUAUUGGGCAGGUUCAGUAAUCAGCCUGAUUUUCUUUCAAUGGGCUGCAGUGUUUCUACACAUAUUUAAAAAAUAAAUAAAUAAAUGGUGGAGAGGAACAGGGAAAGAGUGAGAAAAUGCAAAACUGGAGUGGAAAAAAAAAACUUCUGGAAUGGUCUGGAUCUUUAACUAGAAACCCUGGAAAAAAAUUCCCAGAAAGCUUUCCCAAUUGCCAGUUUGCUUGAUCAAAAUCGCAUUGGAUAAGUGGGUGGGGAAAGGAGCCGGUGUUUAUAUUAAAGCUUUGUGACAAACAUGAUGAAGUUGGUUGCAGCAGUGAUCAUGGAAAUUAUGUCAACAAAUAUGAAUUUUUUUUUUUUUUUUAUCUUCUCCCUUGUAACAUUGUUUGAGCCAAUAUGUCUUUCAUGCAUUCCUGUCAAUGGGCAGAAAAAUACUAAAGAUUUUAGAAAAUAAACAUUCAUUUUAAAAUGG